AUGACCCUUGGUUCUAUUUUCUUAACAGACAUGGCACAGAACCAAGGACACAUACAGCUACCCAGAGCUGAUGCUAUUCGUUCCCGGCUGGUCGACACUUUCUCCCUCAUAGAGCAUUUGCAAGGCUUGAGCCAAGCCGUGCCGAGGCACACUGUCCGGGAGAUACUUGAUCCUUCUCGGCAGAAGAAACUCAUGUCAGGAGACCAGCACCAGCUCGUGCGCUUCUCCAUAAAGCCCCGGCACAUGGGGCACAUCACACACUCCCAGCGAAUGCUGAGCAGGCUCCGUGUGAGGUGCAGCCAGAGGCCACCUCUGUCCCUGUGGGCUGGAUGGGUUCUUGAGAGUCCCAUCUUCUCGAAAUUCAUCAUCUCCCUCAUCUUUCUGAAUACAAUUGUACUGAUGGUCGAAAUAGAGUUGAUGGAAUCCACAAAUACUAAACUGUGGCCAUUGAAGCUGGCUUUGGAGGUUGCAGAUUGGUUCAUUUUACUUAGCUUCAUUGUAGAGAUCCUUCUAAUGUGGAUGUCCAGCUUUACUCUCUUCUGGAACAAUGCCUGGAAUGUCUUUGACUUUGCUGUUACCAUGUUGUCUCUGCUUCCUGAAUUUGUGGUGUUGAUGGGAGUCUCAAGGACGUCUGUGUGGCUUCAGCUGCUGAGGAUCUCCCGGGUGCUGAGGUCUCUCAAACUGUUUGCACGAUUCCCUCAAAUUAAAGUUAUUAUAUUGGCUCUGGCCAGGGCCCUGAAGAGCAUGACGUUCCUCUUGAUGCUGCUGCUUAUCUUCUUCUACAUCUUUGCUGUAACUGGUGUCUACUUCUUCCAAGACUAUUCCCGUUCAACUAUCGAGGACCUUGAGUACAACAUGUUCUUCUCGGACCUACCAAAUUCCCUGGUGACAGUGUUCAUCCUCUUCACCUUGGACCAUUGGUAUGCAGUACUUCAGGACGUCUGGAAGGUGCCGGAAGCCAGCCGUCUAUUUAGCAGCAUCUAUGUGGUCCUUUGGUUGUUGGUUGGCUCCAUUAUCUUUCGAAAUAUCAUAGUAGCCAUGAUGGUUACUAACUUUCAGAAUAUUAGAAACGAGCUGAGUGAGGAGAUGACCCACCUGGAGGUUCAGUAUAAAGCUGACAUAUUCAAGCGACAGAUUAUCCAGAGGAGACAAAACCUGUCCCCUGAAUUAGUAAGAGAAACGAGUCAAGGAAAGCACUCUGAAGACUUACUAGAGCCAUCUAAAGGGUCUGGAGCCAGUGAUGCUGAGAACACUGAUGCUGAGGAAAGUGAUACCGAGAGAAGUGAUACGGAUAAAAGUGAUGCCGAGAGAAGUGAUGCAGAUAAAAGUGAUGCGGAUAAAAGUGAUGCUGAGGAAAGUGAUUCGGAUAAAAGUGAUGCUGAGGAAAGUGAUUCGGAUAAAAGUGAUGCUGAAGCUAAGAAAGGACGAAAAGAGUCGUCAAAAUUGAAAGUCUACCCAGCCCCCGCUUCCAACUCUUUAUCCUCCUACGGUUCCUCUGUAGUUGAUUUUGAUUUUGUUGAUAAUUUGGACUGGGAGACUCUUGUUCAUGAGAACCUGCCUGGGUUAAUGGAUAUGGAUCAGGACGACCGUGUUGUUUGGCCCAGAGAUUCACUUUUCCGGUAUUUUGAGUUACUGGAAAAGCUUCAGUAUAACUUGGAGGAGCGCAAGAAGUUGCAAGAAUUUGCAGGGUAGAGAUUGUUAAGGCAUUGGCAAACUCUUAAAUUAACUGGUUAGGCACAAUCCGCCGGACAGAAUGAAUCGCCUGAACUCCUCUGACUGCAAAGGAUCUGGAAAAUGUGAGGAAUGCUUGGUUAUCCAGGAAACACUAAACAGUUCAUGUACAAAGGACAAAGCAACAGGGAGAGACAAUUGCAGCUUACGAAGGUUGGCAUUCGGUCUUGUCAGGCAGAGGUCACCUUGUAGGAGGUUUUGUCCAGUGAGCUUUCAGAGUUCUCAACUCCUUUGUCUGCCUAUCCAACCUAACCGCCACAUCACAGUAUUCCAGUGCUCCACCCCACAUCACAGUAUUCCAGUGCUCCACCCCACAUCACAGUAUUCCAGUGUUCCACCCCACAUCACAGUAUUCCAGUGUUCCACCCCACAUCACAGUAUUCCAGUGCUCCACCCCAUAUCACAGUAUUCCAGUGCUCC